AUGAUUGACUAUAUAGCCAACUCAGCCCCACUUACGUCUGGACCACCAGUCCAACAAACACAACACCAACAACAACAACCUACACUAUCUCAACCUGUCCCUGCUCAACCACCAUCAAAAUCCGAGAUCGAACGUAAACUAUCGUUCAGGUCUGCAUCAGCACCUUCCUCACGUAUGCACGAAUCACCCAAGAAGAAGAAAUCAACCCAUCCACCUCCUCCUCAUGCACCUUCAGGAACAUACCACACCUACUCAGCAUCAGGUAACGAAUCCGACUCGUCCUCUAUAAAUUCCUCGACCCAACCACCCAUGAUCGGCUCACCCAAUCCUACUUCUCCGAUCCUCACGCCAGCGACCACCUCGGUAGGUGGACUGAGUGCGAUAGCAGAAAGAAAGUUCGGUGGCGAGAUUAUUGAUGAGGCUGAGCUGGAAGAUGUAGAAGAAGAGAACGAAAAUGAGAAUGAGGAGGUAGAAAGUGCGAGUGAAGCCGAGGAGGAACAAGGAUUGCAGAAGGGUAUGGAAGGUGAGAGAGUGGUUAAGAGCGGGUAUUUAUGGAAGAAGCAGGAAAGAAGAAAGGCUUGGAAGAAAAGAUGGUUUGUUCUACGCACAGAGAAAUUGGCUUAUUACAAAGACGAGAAGGAAUACUCCCUCAAGAAAGUCAUCGAUCUCCACGAAGUCCACACCGUCGCUCCGGUGACAGUCAAGAAACACCCUCAUUCAUUCGGUAUCGUCACGCCCAAACGAACCUUCUUUGCCAAAGCCUCCCAUCAAGAUGACAUGGAAGAGUGGGUACGAGCCAUCAACGGUGUUCGAAGGAAGUUGUCAGAGAGGGAGGAAGAAGAAAGGAUGAAAAGGGAGAAGAGCGAACAUCAUCAACAUCAACAGAAGAGUAGUUCCAUACCCAUCCCUUCCAAUCGAGAGCGAUCAACCAGCGAACACGUGAUCGAUACUACUUCCCCUGGAACAAGCGUAGCUACCUCUGGGUCAUACUUUGUCAAUAGACCUAAUCAACAAGGUGUAGCCUCACCUCAAGCUAUACAUGCUGCUGGACAGGUAUCACCUUCGUUAGCUUCUGGCGGAGUAAUCCCACCAUCUUCACCUAUGGAUACUACCAAUUCACUCGCAUCGCAAAUGGCUAAAAUGAGUAUUCCAAAUCCGAGAACAACAUCUGCUCAAUCGGUCCACUCAUACACUCAAGCUCAGUCGUCGUCUGGUUUGAUGGCGGGUAGGAGCCCCUCAACGGCUACUCCAGUCCAAUCAUCUAGGUCUGUCAGUGGGCCUGCACCAUCGACAACAGCAAGGAGAGAACCUUCUACAUCCAGUAUCGCAUCGUCUAUCCCUCCCGGUACGGGCGAUCGAUCAAUGGCUCUCAACCUGCAAAGUAGCGGUAUAGCCUCUGGAUCCAAUCAAUUUGUUGUUAGCUCGGAGGAUGAAGAUGAUAUCGAUUUAGCGGAAGCCAGUCAAGGUAGAAGUGUAAAUGAUGCUACUCAAAGUCUACCCUCGACACCUAUCGAUCCUACCAAGGUCAUCUUAUCGGCUUAUCUUAUGAAACGAUCGAAGGGUAGAGGUAGGAAAGUGUGGAGGAAGAGGUGGUUCGUAUUGACGAGUCAGGGCGUUACAUAUACCAAAUCACAUAUGGACACAAAGGCACUCCGAUUCAUCCCCCUCACCUCAGUGCUCGACGCAUUGGAAGUAGACGCAUCUGAUGAAUCUCUCGCAUCAAGCGAAGAAGAUCGACCUCCCUCUCACCACAAUCACAACCCAUUCCAUCCGCAUUCACAUCAGUCUCACCAAUCCCAUAUUCACGCUCAAACAUCCACUUCUCCGCCUGCCAAACAGAAUUUCACCACUGCCAUGCGGGGUAGACUCUCAUCUAACGAUGCCGCGCAAUCUUCAACACCUAAGAAACAACCUUCUUUACCGGGUGGAUCGAACGAGAAACACAGCGAAGAGAAUAUAUUCAGGUUGAUCACUGCUAAGCGAACUUAUGUGUUAUGUGCACCAAGUGAAGAAGAUGAGAUUAAAUGGUUGGCAGCUACUAGAGCUUUGUUAAAUCAACUUAGAGUAACUCAACAACAACAACAGCAGCAGCAGCAGCAACCUCUAAGUCCUACGAUGAACCAAGGUCAAGGGCAGGUACCUUCUAUUAUCCAACAACCUCCUACACCCGCUGCGUCAUUAUCCGAAAGACCCGUCGCUACACCUCAGAGGUCUAUCUCACAAAGUGGAACUGGAAGUGGAGAAUCUCAAGGACAACCUCAACCGACAACGAUACACAGACAGAUAUCCUCUUCGUCUGCAUCUGGAUUUGGAUCUGUAGCCAGUGGACAGACACCUGGAUCAAUGACUAGAGGGAGAAGCGCAACGUAUAUGGCUAAAUCGGCUGUAGCGGAUGUAGUUAAGAAGUUCCAUCCGGAGACAUAG